AUGUUUGACGGGCAUACUGUACAGCCUUCACGGUCUACUUUGAUAGGUGGCAUUGAAAUCCAGGACGAAAAUGCAGAUCAUGAAGUUGAAAGUCUACUUCACCACGGAGUUCAAAAGGGUGUAAAAAGGCUAGAGAAAAGACAGGGGAGGGUGGCACUGGGUGAUGUGACCUCUCAAAAAGCAAACAAAAUACAUAAUGCCAUCCAUAAUAAAUUUCAUCUGGCGAGGAACAACUUUGAAAAACAGAAUAUACGCCCAUCAGCUUUACUAAAAGAACAAGAAGACGCAAGGGACGACGAAAGUGACUAUUUUUUAAUCGAUAGUUCUGAAGACUCUUCAACUGAUGAGGAGCAAGGUAACGAAGACGCUAUCGACGAUUUGCUAAGUCGGAGAAUAAAUGAUCAACAGCUUCAAACCAAUGAAGUGUAUGAAGAUUCUGAUGGGGAAAUGCAAGACGUUGCCGAAGAAGAUAUUGAUAGUGUAGUUGAACCACUAUCUCCAAUAAACAACGAUGGAAUUCAGAAUGAAUUGGACAGGGCAUUUGAAAAAUACUUUCAGUCAGUUCCCAAUCCGCUAGAUGAUGACACCCAUGACGUGGUAAUGGUUGUGGAGUACGCUUCUGAUAUAUUCUAUUACUUGAGGGAACUUGAAGUGAAAUAUAGGCCCAAUCCCUACUAUAUGCAAAAUCAAGUAGAGUUAACAUGGCCGUUCAGACGAACUAUGAUAGAUUGGCUAGUCCAACUGCAUUAUAGGUUUCAACUUUUACCAGAAACGUUAUACUUGACGAUCAAUAUAGUGGAUAGAUUUCUAUCGAAGAAGACCGUUACUUUGAAUAGGUUUCAACUUGUUGGUGUAUCUGCUUUAUUUAUUGCUGCCAAGUUCGAAGAGAUUAACUGUCCCACUUUGGAUGAUCUAGUUUACAUGCUGGAAAAUACAUACAGCAGAGAUGAUAUUAUUAAAGCAGAACAGUAUAUGAUUGAUACUCUAGAAUUUGAAAUAGGUUGGCCGGGGCCCAUGCCAUUUUUAAGAAGGAUAAGUAAGGCAGAUGAUUACGAUUUUGAACCAAGAACAUUAGCAAAGUAUUUAUUGGAAACUACAAUAGUAGAACCAAAACUAGUGGCUGCUGCACCAAGUUGGUUAGCUGCUGGCGCAUAUUUUCUGAGCAAAAUAAUCCUUGGUUCAAAUGAUUGGUCUUUAAAACAUGUGUUCUACUCUGGCUACACAUCGAGUCAAAUAAUUCCUUUAGCGUCACUGAUUUUAGAGAAUUGUAAAAACGCAUCUCGACGUCAUCAUUCAAUUUGGAAAAAAUACUUUGAUCAGAAGCAUUACCGCUGUUCUCAGAUUGUAGAAGAAUGGAUUGUUUCGACAGAGGCCUAA